UUCUCGACUUGUAUCAAUCUGCGUCUGCGUCUGCGUCGCAGAAAGAGGCAGGACUGCAGGCAAGAAUUUUUCCUGCUUGUGUAUAUAAAACAUCAUGCCCGAUCCAUGAAUUGCUCGACUCGGCUUAUCACUCAACUGAACUCGCCCGAGUCACAUCGCUUCUUCUCCGCCACCAUAAAAUUUCUUCCCCUUAGAUCCCCAAGAAACUUCACGUUUACUCCUCACAUUAUAUUCUCAACUCCAAAAUUCUCUAAAAUUGCCUCAUUUGCUACCAAAGCCAGUAAUCUUCCUGGACCCAACCGGAACGCUCCGGCGAUGGACCCCAACGCGCCGGAAUCAGCGGACCCGCCUCCUGCUGCGGAAGACUUUGUUCACAUCGAAAAUCCUAAUCCUAAUGUCGAGGCUUUGAGCGAGAGCAUUGUCGAUGUUGCUGAUGAGCUGAGGGUGGACACUGGCGCCGAUGCAGGGAGUUUUAGUGAGCCGCAGAGGACGGAGCUUCCGGAGGGGCUUUCUAGAAGUGUGGUGGUUCUCAAUUGCGAGUCUACGGCGGAGGGUGGAUCGUGCGAUGUGUACUUGGUUGGCACAGCACAUGUUUCUCAGGAAUCAUGUAAAGAAGUUGAAGCUGUAAUCCGCUUCUUGAAACCACAGGUUGUCUUUUUGGAGUUGUGUUCUAGUCGAGUGGCUGUGCUUACUCCUCAGAAUUUAAAGGUUCCAACAAUGGGAGAAAUGAUAGAGAUGUGGAAGAAAAAACAUAACCUGUUUGGGAUACUUUAUAGCUGGUUUCUUGCCAAGGUUGCCAAUAAGCUUGAUGUUUUUCCGGGUUCUGAGUUUCGAGUGGCUUUUGAAGAAGCAAGAUCAUAUGGUGGCAAAGUGAUACUUGGUGAUCGCCCUGUACAGAUUACAUUACGAAGGACAUGGGGGAAAAUGCCUCUUUGGCAUAAGACAAAAUUAUUGUACUCUCUGCUUUUUCAAGCAUUCUUUUUACCAAGUCCUGAGGACCUUAACAAAAUGCUCAAGGAAAUGGAUGAUGUUGACAUGCUGACACUUGUGAUUCAAGAGAUGAGUAAGGAGUUCCCCACUCUAAUGGAAACCCUUGUGCAUGAGCGAGACCAGUACAUGUCUUCCACAUUACUAAGAGCUGCUAGUGAACAUACUUCAGUUGUUGCCGUUGUUGGGAAGGGACAUUUGCAGGGAAUUAAGAAGCAUUGGAAGCAGCCUGUUCCGAUGAAGGAUCUCCUGGAAAUGCCUUCACCGAAACCAGCUGUUUCUGCUGUGAAGGUUCUUACGUCUCUUGGUGUUGCAGCUGCAGGUGUGGCUAUUAUCUCGGGCAUUUAUCUUGCAUGCAAGAAAUAGUUUUACUGAUGUUUCUUGAUUUACUAUUUCCGGUCACAUUAAGCAAGGGUAAAUUAGUUGUUUUUUUUAUUUUAUUUUAAAUAACUGUUUUAUUUUCACAAUAUUUCGCCCAAAAAUUUGUUCCCUAGCCAUAGAGCAAAGAAGAAAAUUUCCUUCAUGAUCCAUGUAUAUUUGAUAACCUUGUGCUAUUGUUGGUAGGACGUAAUCAAAGGUGCAAUGGAAUUGCAAUUA